AUGACUCCGUCACCCCAUCUCAACCAUCUCAAUUCUCUAUUAUGGCUGAGAAAUUAUCUGAGGGCUGCAGUGCGUGUGGAUGAACGCCCGAGCAGCAAAACCAAUGCUCUUAUUCGAGCCAUGUUAAACUCUUUUGGUGCAAGCAGGCGGGGAGUGUGGUCGAUUGGGACCGAUGUGAUUAUGAAAGAACGCCCCGACGAAGGCCCCAAGUCCGAAGUGAAUACAAUGAAUCAACUUGCAAACUAUCCUGAUAUCCCAACUCCAAAGGUUCUGCGUGACUGGGUCGAUGGUAACCAGUGA